GGGCGUUUGAAGCCAACCAAAGGCCAUUUCUUCCCGUGUCAGAAGACGGCUCUUGUGAACGGUCAAAUGGUGAAAGGUGAUGGAAGACACAAGCACGUGGGUACGUGACGACGCUUGUUGACGCUAACCCCACGCGUGCGGGGAGAGCUUCGGAAAUUUUGGGAGCUUCAAAGUCCCGACGGCCUCUGCGUUCUCUGGCGAAGAUCGCACAAGACCAUGUCGAGCAACAACUCCAAGAAGCGCAAACCAGGCCCAGAGCCUGCGCCCUCGGCGAAACGCCCACGCUUCCCGCAACGAGCACACGCGCACCACAUUUCCACCAAGCCAACCGCAGCCGCGUACCCCAACGGCGAGAUCAACCUCAAGGCGUUCCUCAACUCGCACCAGAAUGAGGUCAAGUCGCUCGAGAAUGCAAUGCGCGCCGCGAAAAAGGGCCUGUCGCGUCGCGCCUUCCAGGACGUGCCGCGGGAGAUGCGGCGCAGGACGGCGAGCCACAAUCCGCAGCGGGUGCCGAAGCGGCUGAGGACCAGAGCACGGCAGGAAGCGACAGAGGACAACACGCCGGUCUCCAGGGGCACGAGCGGGAGUGGCGUGGGCAAGGGAAAGAAGAAGUGGCUGCGGAAGGAGGGCAUUGAGCAGCGUCGGAAGCAGUGGGAAGCGCGCAAGAAGAGGCGGAAAGAGAUGGGCCAUGGUGGAGCGAGCGAGGCGAUGGAGGGGAUCGAGCUCCGAGAGGGAGCGACUGCAGCCAGCAAGGAGAUGGUGAGAACGGCAAAGAGGAAGUUCGCAGUCCUGGCCACACCCGAGACGCCGCCCUCGCGCUUCCGCAGACGCCAGAAGAACAAGACGUGGCUCCCAACACACGUCUGGCAUACAAAACGCGCGCGAAUGACACCGCCGACAGAACCGCUCUGGCGAUUUGCGAUCCCGCUCGCUCCGGCUGUGAAGGCAUAUCGCCUGACACAUCGAGCUGCGACGUUGCGGGGCGCCGUGGCCUGGGACAUGAGCUACAUGUGCACCAUAAGCUUGGAGGGUGUCGCGGCAAGCAUAACAGGUCUGUUGCGAGGGUUGCGCUUUUCCUCCGAAAGCGAAGAAGAUCCAUGGCAGGACAGAGGCAAGGCGAAGAAAUGGAAAGACGGCUCAAGGGUUUGGGGAGGCUGGCUGUACGAAAGAGAGGGCAACAAUCCGCGGGGCAUUGCGUCUGUCACGAUCAUAUGGUCUGUGGCCGAGGAAGGCAGGGCGAAGAGAAAGGCUUUCAUCCGAGUCCAUCCAUGCGCAUUCUUACAGCUGUGGAACGAGGUCAUCCGGAUCGCCAAGGUGCAGAAGCCAGCAGUCACAGUGGAGGAUCUUCGAUUUGAGAUUGGAUCCAUUGAGAUCAUGGGCCCUGGCGCCGCAGAAACCCUCUGCUCCAUCUUGCACCCAAGCUCCUCACCCGAUGAGGGCUCUCCUCGCUCCAUGUGGCCAGCAUUAGCAGACGUUACAGAUCCUGGCGUGCUUCCACCAGGAGCACUUCUGUCCUUUCCUAUCUGCGACCCGCGCCUCCGCGACCCACCCCGCACAUCACAACGAGCCCAAGAUGCCGAGUCGCAAACCGCCUUCAUGGAAAUCCUCGCCAACUGGCCUAUUGACGCGUCACAAACUGCCUCCGCCCUCUUCGACCGCAACGCAAGGCUUGCCGCAGCACGCUCCCUCCCAUCCCAGAAAUCCAUCAAUCGACGCAAAAGCACUGACGGCGACUUCGGCGCGUACCCCUCACCCCGAGCAACAGAUCCCCAGAUCCCCAUGCUCGUCUACGCUUCGAAGAAGAGCAAGUCAUGGACCGUGCUUCUCCCAUGGAAAUGCGUCAUGCCCGUCUGGCGAGGCAUCAUGCGGUACCCCUUAUCGACUGGCGGAAACCCACGAUUUGGGGGCUUGAAAGAAAGGCGCCAAGUAGACUUCGAGCGUUCCGUGCCGAGCUUCCCAUUCGAUUUUCCCGGCUGCGAUGCAGGAUGGAGCUGGGAGCUGCAGGAGCGGGCGGCGAGGCAGCAUGACUGGAAGAGGCGGCCGAAGGGGAAGCGCAUCGAGUGGUCCACCAUCGAUCUUGGCAAGGGGCGCGAAGGCGAGCUGGGAGACCCCUGGGCGUGCGACUGGGAACGACUUCUCGAGAAGGACGGCGAAGACGCGGAUAUGGCGGGCACAGAAGAUCAACCACCCACCUCUCCAUUCCACCAGCUGCCCUCACGAGACGCCCGCGCAGUACUAGCCGGGAGAAUCGUCCCGUCACUGUCCGCAUCCGCGCCUCUCCUCUUCACUGUCAGACUCAGCAUGGCCACCCGCGGCACCCCCACCGCCUGCUCCCGCAUUUACCGUCUCCCAACCACCGAUCCUGCCCUCAAAACUGCGUGGCUGUCUCUACUGCCAUCCUCCACCCGCAACAAGAAAACACCCGUAAGAAGCACACCCCCCGACCAACCCCUCCCAAGCCGCAACCUUGCCCUAUCCCUCCUCCAACCCCAAACUACACCUAGCGGCACACCAAAAGCUGGAGACCCAGACUAUCCGCUCGUCCCCGGCGAGGAGGACCUCAUCGGCUUCGUGACAACGGGGAAUUACAACCUCGCCGAGGGUCAGCCCACAGCGGUGGCGAAUCUGGCUAUGCAUCGCGUCCUGCAAGGUUCAAAAUUAGGGGAGGGCAAAGGGAUAGGAAAGGAGGAUCGGUUAUGCAUUGUGCGGAGGCCGGGGGAGACGACGGGAAGGCUAGCGGUGUGGGAGGUCGUGUAGGCGUGGUUUGACAGCGGAGUUUGGCAUGGGGCGAGGUAGACUGUCGUCUUGUAGUCCCCAUCCGUCACGGGAGCUUCUCCUCAUCUGGCCCUGGGGCGAAUCAGCACCGUCCGCCGUGUCUGCCGGAUGUUUCGGAGCGUAUCUGCGUUUCUUCCUACCUCUCACCGUCUCGCAUGUGAGAGAGCCUUCUCGUACACACCAUGUCGGCAGAUGCAGAAUGAGAUGGAUGGAUAUGCACACUUCCACCCAUAAUUAUUUCAAUAAUGUACGAACAAAGAAAAUACUAUUCUACUACUCGCUAUUUGUAGACAAG